AUGUGAGAAACUUCUGAUAAAGUGAUAAGCUGUCGUUCUGUAUAUUAUCCCAAUAUUUGUAAUUUUGUACUUUGUAGUCUACUGUCUACCUACUAAACAAGAAUUUUUUUUAAAUAUCUUUCGAUAAAAAUAUGUUUUUAUUUUUUAUCAAAACUAAGUGUUUUCUGAAUAAAUUAAAAAGUCUCAAAACUAACUUACAAAUCACUGGCAAUAAAUCAUAUUCUAGUGUGGAAUAUGUACAAGGACAAUCGCCAGAGAAAAAAAUACGAGAAUAUUUUUAUUAUAUUGACCACCAAGGAAUGGUUGGUACUCUACAAAUCAAUAAUUACUAACUGCAAAUUGAUAAAUAAAUACCAAAAAUUAUAAUUACAUGUUAUUUAUAUUUACUCUCAAUUUAAGAUUAUGAUUUAUUUAUUACAAACAUAUGGGUUUCCUCUUUUAACAUUAAAUAACAAUACAUUAAUACAUAAAUAGAACAUUAUAAAUACAAUAUCCUAAAGGAUUAUUUAAAUGUAGUUAUUAGACUUGUUCUGAAUAGAAAUUAUUUUAAAAUUAAGCUUUCAAAGUUGCAUUAAAUUAUUUUUAUAGAUAAUCUAUCAUAUUUAAUAGGCAAAAUAGAGAAAUAAUUUGAUAUUCCAUACACAGAAUAACUGAAAAAUAAUUAUAAAUUGUUUUCAUACCUACGCAUUACUCAGGUUUUCUUUUUGAAUUUCAAGUAUUAUACCAAAUAAAAUAAUGUAUUAAAUUAGAUAAAUGUCUUACAGUGUCUAUGCAUUCUAAUUUUUGUUCAUUAGAAUUGAUUAUGAACUGAUAAAUAAAUUCACUUCAUAAACAACUUUGAGGAAAAUUCCACUGAUACAUGUAUUGCAUAUUAAACAUCAGAUUACAUUUAAAAUUAAUGUAAGUUCAAUUGAUUGUAUCUUUGUUUUUUUUUUAAUCUUAGAAUUGAAUAUUUAAUGUUUAAUACAAUUUAAAUACUAUUAAAACCACUUAAUAAUAAAAUUCAUAUUUUUUUUUUUUCAUUUACAAAAAUUAUCCUUUAAUCAUUUUACAUGUUAACCAUACAAAAUUAUUUCUUAAGCUCAAAAAUUAUACUUAAGUAAUAUUCAUAGUAUAUAUUUAUUUAUUUAGCUCUUUUUGGAUGACAGCAAAAUGAAAAAUUUUACAGCAGCUUACAAAGGUACUAUUAUUGUAUAAAUGUAUAUGAUCUGAUUUAUUUGUGUUAUAUAUUUUGCAGAAAAAGAUUUCUUGGUUUUUUUUUUUAAACGAUUAAAACAAAACACAACUGAUCGGUAUAGAGAACACUUUCCAUGGAUAUCCUUAUGUGGCAGAGAACGUAAUUUUAUUCGUUGUGAUGAUUAUCCAAUUGUGUUUAAUGAGAUAAUCAAAGCUGAUGAUGGUAAUUUUUUAUUUUGCCAUAACUACGCAGGACCAAAUUUGACAGUUUUAUUUCAACCGAAUAAACUUUGGAUGGAUGUUGAAAAUGGUAGAGUUUACCGUCCAGCCAAUGAGCAACAUGGUUCAAUUGGACUUGUAUCAUCUAAAACUGCUAUUGAAUUAAGCAAGAUGUUUAUAUAUGCUGAUAUGGAUAGUUAUAUACCAACACAUUUUGUGUGGUAUGAUAAGAAAUAUACUUUAGAUUCAGAUUGGUUUAAAAAUUUAAUCCAUAAAUGAAUUUUACCUUGGUUUUUUUUUUUUUAUAAAAUAGUGAGACUUCUAUUGUGAUAUUUUAAAAAUAAACUGUACUAUAUAUUAAUAUAUUACCUAUGCUUGAAUUGAAAAAUUAUUUAAAAUAUAUUGAAAUCCACACACAUCAAAAUAUUAAAUUAUUAUCUCAAAGUUAUUUAAUUGAUCAGUUAA